AUGUGCCUUUCCCCAAGGAAACGCAGGAUAGUUGAGCAGCGGAUAUGGAAAUCGAUACAAGGAAGAGUGCAGGUUUUGGCAGAAUGGAAGCAGAAGUAUGAAGAAGGUCAGGCUGAGCUGGAGGGAGCUCAGAAAGAGGCUCGCUCUCUCGGCACUGAACUCUUUAAGAUGAAGAACUCAUAUGAGGAAGCUCUUGACCAGCUGGAGACCCUGAAGAGAGAGAACAAGAAUCUGCAGCAGGAGAUUUCUGACCUGACUGAACAGAUUGGUGAGACUGGAAAGACCAUCCAUGAACUGGAGAAGGCAAAGAAAACAGUGGAGACUGAGAAAUCAGAAAUCCAGACAGCUCUUGAAGAAGCCGAGGGCACACUUGAACAUGAAGAAUCCAAGAUUCUUCGUAUCCAGCUUGAGCUCACCCAAGUAAAGAGUGAGAUUGACAGGAAGCUUGCUGAGAAGGAUGAGGAGAUGGAGCAGAUCAAGAGGAACAGUCAGAGGGUGAUCGAGUCCAUGCAGAGCACUCUGGACUCUGAGAUCAGGAGCAGAAAUGAUGCUCUGAGAGUCAAGAAGAAAAUGGAAGGAGAUCUCAAUGAGAUGGAGAUUCAGCUGAGCCAUGCAAACCGUCAGGCUGCUGAGGCACAGAAGCAGCUCAGAAAUGUUCAAGGACAGCUCAAGGAUGCCCAACUGCACCUUGAUGAGGCUAUAAGAGGACAGGAAGAAAUGAAGGAGCAGUUUGCCAUGGUGGAGCGCAGGAAUAACCUGAUGCUGGCAGAGAUUGAGGAGCUGAGAGCUGCACUGGAGCAGACAGAGAGAGGCCGCAAAGUGGCUGAACAAGAGCUGGUUGAUGUCAGUGAGCGUGUGGCAUUACUGCACUCUCAGAAUACCAGUCUAAUCAACACCAAGAAGAAGCUUGAGGCUGAUCUGGUGCAGAUUCAAGGUGAGGUGGAUGAUACAGUUCAGGAGGCGAGAAAUGCUGAAGAGAAGGCCAAGAAGGCUAUCACUGAUGCUGCCAUGAUGGCAGAGGAGCUGAAGAAAGAACAAGACACCAGUGCUCACCUGGAGAGGAUGAAGAAGAACCUUGAGGUUACAGUCAAAGAUCUACAGCAUCGCCUGGAUGAGGCUGAGAGCCUUGCCAUGAAGGGUGGAAAGAAACAGCUUCAGAAACUGGAGUCUAGGGUGCGUGAGCUGGAGGCUGAGGUUGAAGGUGAGCAGAGACGCGGCGCUGAUGCUGUUAAAGGAGUUCGCAAAUAUGAGAGGAGAGUGAAAGAACUCACCUACCAGACUGAAGAAGACAAGAAGAAUGUAAACAGACUGCAGGAUCUGGUGGACAAGCUGCAGCUCAAAGUGAAGUCCUACAAGAGACAGGCUGAGGAAGCUGAGGAGCAGGCAAACACUCACCUGUCCAGGUUCAGGAAGGUGCAGCAUGAGCUGGAGGAAGCUCAGGAGCGUGCUGACAUUGCUGAGUCUCAGGUCAACAAGCUGAGAGCCAGGAGCCGAGAUGCUGGAAAGGGCAAGGAAGUGGCAGAAUAAAGGGUGAAGACCACAAGGGACACUAACAAGCAAUAAUAAAAUAUGUAUUUCUUGUUUAAUGUCCAUGCAAACUUUAGUUCAAUAAAACUGAAAGAAACAAUCAA